AUGCAAUACAAAACAAUUUUUGGUUUUCGUUUGCUCUUAGGACUAUGGAAAAAUCCUCCAACUGUAGAGAGGGAUUUUAUGCAAGUGAUUCAACGAUUGUUAGGCGGAGAUGCACCACCUAAUAAGGUGCAAGAGGUGAAAAAUGAGUCCUACAUUAAUCUACAAGUUCUACAACGAAAUGAAUCGAUGCGAUUGUUUGCUCCGAACCCGAAUGCCGCGGAUAAGAAAAUGGUGUACGAAAUCAUUUUGGAGCGGCCCCACUCAGAAACAAUCAACACAUCGUACAGUUUGUAUCGUGCAACAACGCUAGUGACCGCCGAAGAAAAAUUCGAAGCUUUCCAUCAAAGAUUACCGGAGCUAGUUAAAAUUGUUCGCGAGAUGUACAAUAUUAAUGGCCUGCAAAAGUUAUGUGAUGUACUGGUCGAAAAUCCUUCCUGGUCGUUGGCACACGUCGUUGCUUUUUUUAACUUAACGGAUUAUAUAUCGAAUCCAAGUAUCGUUGAUUUUCUGGACUAUGCCGAAUAUUCCGAAAUGAUGACACCAUUGCACGUUGCUGUUAAAGCAAAUAAUACUGAAUUUGUAAAAGCGUUGAUACAAUCAAAUCAGUGCAAUUUGGAACAUUUGGAUAAAAAUAGUAAUUCCGUGUUUCAUUAUGCAGCUAGUACAACCAAGGAAAUGAUAAAUCUUAUAACUGUAAAAAGUAUUUCGAAUCUUAACCAUUGCAACAUAGAUGGUUAUACACCGCUUCAUCUAGCUUGCCUGGCGGACAAACCGGAUUGUGUGAAGGCUUUAUUGCUAGCAGGAGCGGACACUAAUAAAAUGGCUCGCGGUGCCGGUACAUCGUACACUAAAACCAUUCCAUCUACCUGCUCUGAUGAUGAUUCUUUGUUAGGCAAUGUUGCGGAUUUUCUUGUUAGUCACCCGAAUAAACUGUUAACGCAGGAUAUGAAACAUGGUGGGACGCCGUUGCAUUGGUGUUCAAGUCGAGAGGUAUUGAACUCGUUGAUUGAACGUGGCUGCGACGUGAAUUUAGUCAACUUUAACGGACAGACGCCGCUGCAUAUUAUGGUCGCACGAGAUCGCUUGGAGUGUGUCGUCGCACUACUGGCACACGAGGCUGAAAUUGAUGUCGUUGAUAGCUCAGGAAAUACACCCUUGCAUAUUGCAGUGGAAAAGAAGCUGAUUCCUAUUGUACAGUGUCUGAUAGUGUUUGGAGCUGAUUUUAACAAACCAAACAAGGAUGGUAAAACACCUCGGCAUAUGGUUGGUAAGGAUGAUAAUGGCACAAAGGAUGCAAUGACUCUCUACAUCUUGCACUCAGUGGGUGCCAAACGAUGCACAGAAAAAGGAACCAAAUGUCCGCCAGGUUGUGCGGCAGCCGGGACAUACAAUGGUAUCCCUCCGGCACAGCCGGAAACGUCCGAACAGCGUGAGCACAUUCGAGAGGUGCUGGCAUUAACCAGCAAAUCACACCGCAACAGUGUGCCAAGCAUGAUAUCCAACACUAUUCGUGGAGUAAUUCCCGAAGAGCGUGAAAGAAGCGAGGUUAAAACAAUUGACGUCAGUCAAGAACGAAAAGGAGCAAGCAUGAUGGAUGCACUGUUGUCCAUGUUCAUGAAUAAAGUAGAAGCCGCUUCCAAGCCUACUUCACCUACGUCAACGUCUUCCUCGCAUAAGACGGGAGGGAAUCUACUGGGAGAUUUUGAUGUCGGCGACGAACCAAUGCUGACUGACGAGGCUGCUGGUGGCAGUUGUUCCAAUACACCUACUGCGGAGUCCUCUAAUGGUCAUCGCACAGUGGGAGAUCAACAGCGACCGAGUGCGGAUGGAUCUAGUAAUCAAGCGUAUAAAGGACGAGGUCGCUUACUGUGUCUCGACGGCGGUGGUAUUAGGGGAUUGGUUUUGGCGCAAAUGCUGCUAGAAAUAGAGAACCUAGCCCAAGCACCUAUUGUACAUCUGUUCGAUUGGAUUGCGGGCACUAGCACUGGCGGUAUUUUGGGACUUGCACUGGGAUGUGGAAAAACAAUGAAACAGUGCAUGUGCCUAUAUUUGCGUAUGAAAGACCAAGCGUUCGUCGGUUUGCGUCCUUAUCCAAGUGACCCUCUCGAGUCGGUGUUGAAGGAACAGUUGGGAGAAUUCACAGUCAUGUCCGAUAUAAAACAUCCCCGUUUGAUGGUGACAGGAGUGAUGGCUGAUAGAAAACCGGUUAAUUUGCAUCUCUUCCGUAACUACGAGUGUGCAAGUGACAUUAUGGGUAUCGUAACACCUUCGAAUAAUCGUGGACAUCCUCCGCCGCCACCCAAUGAGCAGCUAGUUUGGCGUGCCGCAAGAGCUACUGGUGCCGCCCCAUCAUACUUCCGUGCGUUUGGUCGCUUUUUGGAUGGAGGACUGAUUGCGAAUAAUCCAACGCUAGACGCAAUCACGGAAAUCCAUGAACUAAAUGCUGCCCUCCAGUAUGUUGGUCGAGGGUCUGAGGCAGUCCCGGUUUCAGUUGUAGUUUCGCUAGGCACAGGAUUGACACCAGUAGUGGAUUUGAAAGAGAUCGAUGUGUUUCGGCCAGAGAGUAUAUGGGAUACGGCUAGAAUGGCGUACGGUAUUUCUACCAUGAGUAUACUGCUGGUGGAUCAAGCGACAGCAUCAGAUGGUCGAGUGGUUGACCGAGCCAGGGCAUGGUGUAGUAUGAUAGGCACGCCGUACUUCCGCUUCAACCCUCAAUUGUCUGUGGACAUUGCUAUGGACGAAAAGAUAGACGAGCCGUUGAUUAACAUGCUGUGGGAAACAAAGGCUUACAUGCACAGCAAUCGAAAGCAAGUCAUAGAGCUUAUAAAUCUAUUAAAAUAGCAGUAAACUGAGUUGCACUGGUAAUAGGUUGCCAAAUAAAGAAAAAUAAAUAUACAUACUUUUACCCUCCUUCACCACUUAAACCACCUACAUAAACGCCCACCAGUAGAUGAAAAGAAACGAUAGCUGAUUUGAUACCAUGGUUUCUUAUGCUUAUUCACCCUAUCAGCAUUUUUCUUUUCUCUUCUAUUAUACACUUCAAUAUUCUCUGCAAUAAAUCUUUCAUACUAUCAAUAUUUGAUUAUGAACUGCAGGUCUGUUUGAAGGUUGACGAUUGUGUCGAGUUAAAAUGUCGUAUUUUACGCGGGAUGAGAAAUCUGAAAAAAUAAUUAUCCUCUUCAUUCCAUUAAUAUAUUCAG